CUAGAACAAUGAAAAAGAGUGCCUUUAAACAUACGACGUACUUAUACCGACAGUACAAAGGUCACGACGAUGACAUUACAGCAUUAAGCUUCUAUCCACAAACUCAUACAUUGAUAUCGAGUAACCUGGAUAAAAAGUUAGCAUUCAAAAAAUUUGAAGCCCAUACAUCCUAUAUAUCCGAUGUAUGUUAUUCACCAGAUGAUGAUUUUAUAGCUACUGCUUCUAAAGAUCAAUCUGUCAGAAUUUGGAAUGAAGAUCAUUACUUAAAUUUCGCAGAAUUCAGAGGUCAUCGUUCUCUCGUGAGAUCAGUACAAUUUAGUCCAAAUGGAGACAAGUUUGUUUCCGCGUCAAAUGACGAAAAUAUAUUGCUUUGGGAACCUUAUUGUGGAAAAUACUUGAAGACAUUUAGUGGACAUACAGAUUGGGUCAGAUGCGUCAAAUUUUCUCCCGAUGGAAAACUUUUACUAUCGUAUAGCGAUGACAAAACAGUAAAAAUAUGGGAUAUUACCAGCGGACAAUGUGUCAAAACUUUUAAUACGGAAGUUCUCGUUAGAGACGUAGAGUUUCAUCCAACUGGUACAAUUAUUGGAUCAGCAAAUGUGGAUGGAUAUAUUAAAUUGUAUGAUUUAAGAACAAAUUCUUUGUGUCAGCAUUACACUCAUGACAAAGAGGUAAAUAUGAUCAAAUUCCAUCCAAAUGGAAAGUUUAUAUUAACAGCGUCUGAUGAUUAUUCAGUGAAGGUGUUUUUAAUUAAAUCUUUGAUUUCAUACAAUAUUUUAAAAGGCCAUCCAAUUUAUUCUCUCAAGGAAUAUUAUGAUAAGGUAACAUGUAUAGCAAAUAAUGGUGAGCUUUUUGCUUCUGGUAGCACGGAUCAACAAAUAGUAUGGAAGUAUAAUGAUUUAUGUAUGGAUGAUAGAAAGAGUUCUACAUUGCAGUUAGUGUCUUCUGCAACAGCAAAUAAGAACUUGAUAAGGCCUAGUCCUGUCAAGCAAAAAUUUGACGAUGGAAAUGAAAAAUCGAAUAAAAAUGAAGAAGAUGAAGAAGAAUAUAUAAAAUAUUUAUCAAGCAUAUUAAAAAAAUCGCACCCAAAAUCAGAUGACAGUGCAGGAUUAUCAGCAAAAAUCGUGGAACCUAAAAAAAUGAACGUUGAAUCUCCUCAAGAAGAUUAUGCAAAUUACGUGCCCAUGUUCUCAAAACAGCCCCACAUUUCAAAACAAUCCCAAACAGUUUCAAAAGAUCAGACAUCGUUCAAUACACUUUCUAAUCAGUCUAUUACAGCAUUAGAAAAAGAUUCAGUUUUAAAUCAAAUACAAUUAUUACAUAAAAAUUAUAAUGUAUUAGAACAACGUUUGACAAUAUUAGAAAAGUCAUUUAAGAAACUAUAUAUAGACUGUAGUUUUUUUUAG